ACUUGGACUCCCACAAAGAAUUGCACAUGAGCGACCUGGGAAGCAUAGAAGACCAUUUUGACAGUUUGCAACAAGGCGGUCAGGACUCAAAUGCGCAUCACACUCGAUUGAACGGUACUACUCAGAUAGGGGGAAUAGGGACUGUGUCAGAGGAUCCCUCUGGUUGGAGACCGUUUGGACUGGGGUUCAAAAUUCCGGCGUGGGGACGGAGGAGCACAACGAAUUCGAACUUGAGUCGAAGCAACAGUGAGAGUCGAUUGUCUGUGGCAAGCUCCACAGGGAGCAAUGGAGAUCUUAAGGGGGAGUUGGGCAGGACUUCGGAUAAGAGAAGCUCGCAUCUCAGACAUGAGGUCGGAACUCGAGAAAAUGCCGAUGGCUUGUCUUUGAUUGAAGACUCGGAGCAUCACGAUAUUCGAACAUUGUCAGAACUGACCGCGCGGUUUGCAAGCUUGAUCAUUCCGGGUGACAUCGCAGAUGCCGAUCAACAAGUGCUACAGACUAGAAUUGAGGAACUUCAAACAUUACAGCAAGAUGUCCUGGCGCAUAUUGAUACAAAUGAUCUUGAAACAGACGAAAAGGCUCGAACACUACUGGAAGCCAUCGUGGAGGAGAUCGGCGUAUAUGGAGAAUUUUUGGAAUCGAGUGAGAGUGCAUCUGGUCUCGGCAUUUUGGCGAAGAACGGGGAAGAAACAGAUGAUGUCAUCAGCUAUGGGAGCUCCGCACAGACCCCCGAUGAUAUGCGAUCCUCUGGUUCACAGACAUUCGAAGAUAGUACAUCGGAUGCUUGUUCUGAUGUUAGUGGUUUGGCAAGUCCUCCUGUACAAUCCCCAGCUACCCAACCACCUCGCCCGUUAUCACAUUUCCGACGAAUUUCAACCUCCACAGUUGCCUCUGGUGCAUCUUUAUCAUCUUCCACAAUCCCCUCCACUGCAGCCAUGUCAGCAAGUAAUCUAAGUGUGCUUGCUGGGCAGACGGUUCCACCUGGACCAAAGGAUGUUCUGCGAUGGACUUCGUUGCAAAAGUUAUCGAUGCAACUCAUGUCAGGUGCCAUGAGGCAAAAAGUUGGCGUUCCAACCGUCUUGUCUAUUUCAGGAGGUAUCCUGAUUGGCACAUCCUGGUCGAUGAUUCUUGUUUACGACUUUGCGCAAGUCUUGAAGACGAUUCUUGGGGAUCCUGCCGAUGCAAGUAAUCCAGGGCCCGUAACAGCCGUUGCUCUUGCACCGGAUCAUAAUCAGCUGGCUUGUGGUUACGCACACGGAUUAAUUCGUGUAUGGGACAUUCAGAGACGUGCAAUCGUCAAGUCUAUCAUUCCUAUUGGCGUCCAGCAAGAGGCGAAAUCGAAGAAAGAUGGACAUGCACAAGGUGCGGCCAUCAUUCACCUUGCUUUCAUCGGAACCAAAGGAGCGUUCGUAUCGGGUGACAACCAGGGCUCCGCUUUCUACCAUGCAUCAUCGAAGGGACUCGUCAUGAGCACUCAAGUAUCCACACGUAUUCACCCGAGCAGCUCCAACCCAGCCGUAUCGACAACCCUCUAUGCAUUGUCUGCCCUCCCCCGUGUGUCAGGUCAUUUACGAUACCCAGGCGAUCAUUUGGACCUGAUAGCCCUCAGCACUCCGUACAAGAUGGCCAUCAUCAGUUUGAAGCCGGCACCGCAAACGCAGUUCAGAUUGUCAUGGACGCGAGGAUCUACCGUCACCAACCCGUCUGCGCUCGCAUGCUCGAUUUCGUGUCUCGCAUGGUGUCCUCCGUCUAAGCAGGAUAAACAUGGAAAGAUUCCAGUCCUCAGCAAUCCCCUGCUCGCUUGUUCGUUCGGCAAACAGCUACGAAUCAUUCGCGUAUCCUGGGUAUCUACCGCAAAGCGGAGCAAGCGAGACUCGGUCAACGUACAGUCGAACGCAGUGGACUACUCCGUCCAAGGAAGCUGGGUCGCAAAUGAUGAUAUAGUUGCUCUCCAGUGGAUGGACGAUAAGCUACUGUUAUGUCUAACUAGUCUGCAAGAGCUAAUCCUUUUCGACGCUACAAUCAUGAGAGAGAUAGAGCGAUCUGAUGUCAGCAUGCGACAGAUCAUCUCCUCAGAUUACUAUACGCGUAGUUUACAAUCGUUGCGCGUGACACCAGCAAUGGCAUACCAUCAAAGCAUUCGUUCAUAUAAAGGAAGAUUGUUUGUUUUGGGUCAGCGAGAGCUUACAGUAGCUAGCAGGCUGUCCUGGACGGAUCGCCUCAAAGCACUUGUAGUAUCUGGCAAUUUUCAGGAAGCUAUAGCAAUGGGUCUUACUUUCUAUUAUGGCAGCGCAAAGCGCGCGGUAAUCGGAUUGCCACCAGAUGAUGAGAUGCGACGUACUAUGGUCGGUGACCAUCUUACAGACCUGCUCUUGUCUUUUAUCAACAUGUCAUUGACAAGCUAUGACGCAAGCGACCAAAAACUUCUUGAGGGAGAGGAUAUUUCCGUGUUUCGCCAACUGGCGGCUACGGCCUUUGAUACGUGUUUAGCUAUUGGCCGUGAUGAUCUUCUCUUCGGCGACAUCUACGAAAACUUCGGUGACAAGAAUCUUCGAGUAGUUUUCUUCGAGCUCCUGGAGGCGUAUGUGUUGGAUGAGCGGAUUACCACCUUCAGUAACCCGGUGAUUGUCCAGGAAUUUAUUGCAUUCUAUGAGAUGCAUGGGUGGUUGGACCGACUUGAGCAAGUGAUCUUGCACCUUGACCCCAUGGUGCUGGAUGUACAUCACACUGUGGGCCUCUGUCUCAAGUACGGAUUAUACAGCGGUUUGCUCUACGUCUAUAACCGUGUUGGCGAUUUUGUGACACCUAUUAUCGAGCUCCUUCACCUAUUGGAGUUGCACGGGAAAGCGAGAAACGACAAAGGGCACUCAAAUGGCAACGGGUCAGCGCUGUCUACAUCCAUAGCCCAUUCUCCGGAGGAUGCGGUCUACACGUUGUACGUGUACCUGGCUUAUAUCCUUACCGGGAAAGCCUUUCCCGUUGGACAUCUCGACGAGAAGGAAGCUGUGGCGGCCAGGGAGGAUGUCUUCAGCUUCCUGUUUUCACCUUUUCAUGCGAUCUGGCCUCCUGGCACCGGGGCCUGCAAACUCGGGCGAGAACCAUAUCCAUACAUUCAUUUGCUAUUAAGUUAUGAUCCUCGAGAAUUCCUGAAAGCUCUCGGGGCCAUUGUUGCGGAUGACGCAUUGCAAAACAAAGAUCUUAAAAUUAGGCCAAAUGUCUUUGUAGCCGACGAAGAUGGCAUGGGCCGAUUUGCUGAUAGGUACGAAAUCAGCCGACAGUUCAUUUUGAACGCCUUAAUUUCGGCGGUAGAGGGAAGCAGUCCACCGAGCGUAGAUAUUCUGUCGCUGCAACAUGGAGAGUCAAUUUACGAGAAUAACGUGCUGGAUCCUCGCGACGUUACCCUUUGCUUCUGUUUUGUGGCACGCAUAUAUGCAAACUAUCGCAGCACUGUUUCCCUACAGAAGGAUGUGCUACGAAGGGUCCUUUUGUGCUUGAUGACAUCACCAGACAGUACAACGCGUGAGGAGAGACAGCGGGCCAUUGUGGGCGUGCUACUGACCGGUUUUGAGCCAAGCAACGCCGAACAGGAUAAAUGGCUGGACCUAUACCAGCAAGGCGGUUUGUGGCGGCCCUACGAAUUGGCAGCUCGCAAGCUCCAGCGCUACGAGCUCGUAAUUUUGUCUUAUUUAAAUGACCCUACGCGCCAGGAGCAGGGCUUUCACGCGAUUUACGAACUGCUGGAGAGUGAAGCGCUAGCACCUCGACAGUCUUUGGCGGUCAAACAGAGUGUAUUGCAAAAUGUCGUACAACUCACGCAUAUAGAUGAAGUGGCAACCACGGAUCUUAUGUCAACAUUUUGGCCAACAGAGCAUAAAGCCGUUAUUCGCACCCUUUCCCCGAAUGCGGACGACUUGUUCACCUAUCUGAGAGGGCUUCUCGAUGCCGAGUGGGCUCUAUCUCUUCGAAAGACAGCCGACCGUCCUCGUCGGCGAAGACCAAAACAGAGUACAUCUACUACAGACCUUGGGGAAGAAGUUUAUGAGAAGUAUAUUGAACUCCUAUGUAUACGUGAGCCCCGGGAGGUGAAAAGAUAUCUUGAUAGGCUUAGCGUGGAUCACACUGGAUACCCGUAUGCAUUUGAUCGAGUACUGGCUCUAUGUAAGCAACACAAUGUCCUUGAUGCCGCCGUCUGGAUUCUGGAAAAGAGCGGGAAUUUGGAAGGUGCCCUGCGGCUGAUAAUGGAAGGCGUACAGGUUGCUGUUGAAAUUAUUACCAACACAGGGAACAGGUCAGGAGAAACAUCUGGGGAGAUUACAUCCCUGAAUGCACUUGAGCACAUCAAACGCCGGAUAGACAUGGCCUUGGAUCUUUGUAUGAGAAGCUCGGGAAGACUUGGCAAAGACGAGUGUGAAUCUCUUUGGUUUAGUCUGCUGGAUGCCAUAGUUGAGCCACAGAAGGUAACAGCGCCUCCUUCUCCUACACGACCGGAAGGUGGACCCCUCAGUGCAACCUUCGACGAUGAGAGAGAGCCGAAGGUGGUUGAACUGUAUGAUUGCCUCAAGAACAGUGCCCGCACACUACUUUACGCCAUGGUUGGAUAUGUGCCAUUCCACUCAAUCCUCUACCGAAUUGUCCAGUCACAACGUCGAGCAUCCUUUGGCGAGCAUAGAGAGAUUAUCUUUUCCAUGCUUGAUUCUUACAGCUACGAACGAGAACUUCUUCAAGCCACAAACCGCAUAUUGUCGAUCGACGUACACGGCUCACAAGCUCGCAGCACCUCACUACGACGAAAAGCCUUGCGACCUUUUAAAGGACAAUGCGGUGUAUGCAAACGGAUGCUUCACAUACGGGCCAUGUCUGACUUGCAAAAGAUAAACAAAAUUGCUGUGAUGAAAUGUGGACAUGCUUUCCAUGCGACGUGUUUGCAGACUGACAUGGAGCGGAUUGCGAGCAUGGAGGGAUGGGAAACUGCUGGUGACGCGAUUUCUGGGUCGGGAUGGUGUGUAAUUUGUGCAAAGAACAGGGAUAGGGCCAAGGCGGCCGCAAAAAAGUUAACCACUAGUUCGGCUGAGAGAACGAAGGAAAAAGGAAAAGAUAAGAUGGCUGUUGUGGCGGACGCAGAGGAGCCACCAGAUACACAGCAAAAGCAACAAGUGCAACGAGCAAACGCCGAACUCUUCGUUCGGCUCUCGUCCCACAUGCCUACAAAUGAAAUAUAUAGGCUCCUCCAUCCACACCGCGCCAGCAAUGUUGAGGAUAUGAUUAACAUGAACGACGACGUCAUCGACCUUGGAGAGUCGCCAUACGACUCGGUGUAUGGGGAUGGUCAAUCUGCUUACCGGCGAGGAUCAGAGUUCCCAUCGCACCAGAUUCAACAUAUACCGUCAAGCAUUGUCAAAACCCCACAUAAAUAUUUCUUGAGUCUCGCCCCACCUUCAAUGCCUCCUUCGAUAGACUCUGUUGACUGAGUUGAGGAUUGGGAAUUCUGUGUACCUAGGGAUGUGCGCUUUUCUAUUUUAGUUUUUUCUUCCUGUGGCUUUUGAUAAAAUAGUGAAAACGAAGGCUGUUUGUCUCUUUCUUUGGA